CUGUCAUGCUGCGAGCGACCCCAUCGACAUCUUCGAUACAAAACAUCCAGCGUGGGCCAUCAGCAAGGUCUGCCAGCAGUGACGGUCUACCAUCACAACCCUCUGUCCUGAAGUAUGGGCAAGAAUAUUGGUUUCCUGCGUCAGUUAUAGCUCGGCGAUGCUCAAAAAUGGCGCUCUCUCAUCAGUGCUGAACACAGUCCUGUCUCGUUCGCAAACUCAUAAACUAGACAUCACCAUAGACUUCGAUUUUACUUGCGACCAAAAUGAUUCUGUGCUCGAGCUUCAAGGAAACGUUUGGGCCGCUUUGACCGCUUAUGCAGAGCGCUGGAAGAAGCUCAACCUUUCUCUUAGUCAAUUUGAUAUGUCGGAGCUGCUCGGUCUUCGUAGUCGUCUUUCGUCGCUCAAGGAGUGUGUUCUUCACUGCUACGAAAUGGGACCGAGAUGGGAAUCUAUGAUCGAUGCCUUCCAACAUAGCCCCGAACUGACGCACAUGGAUUUGCAAGGCAUGGCUCCAAACACAUUUGUUCCGUUUACUGCUCCAAACCUUGAAAGCUUCAAGUACCGAGUCGAGAUAUGUGAUGGUGAAGAAUGGAAUGAUGGCGACGGGAUACCCCUUGAAUAUUUCUUCAACAUCAUACGGAACUCACCAAACCUCGUAGCGCUCGACGUCAUCUGCGAGUAUUCGUCUUAUGACACUGUUUCUCCCCGUAUCGUAAAACCUCUGCUGUCCAAGUUGGCGGUCAAUAACACUGCCUUCCUUCGCAGUCUUUUGGUACCAGCUCUGAAGGAAGCAACUUUGACUACGGACUUCUAUGACAGCGAGCGUGGGCAACCCGGGUCUCCAACGGAUUUCCUUGCUGAUUUCCAUGAUCUGCUUGUCGAAUCGCGUUGCUCCACUCUUAGUUGCCUAGCCAUAUCCAUUAACCUCCUCAAUCAGCAUCUUCUCUCCAUCCUUCAAUUGACGCCCGCACUUAUCUCAUUCAAGCUACACCAAUAUACCUGGAAAGAUCAGUAUGAUGUGGUUAUGCAAGAAUUCGUCGUUCAACUCACGAAUGCGGAAGCGUUUCUACCUCGUCUUGAGGAGAUUGACUUGAAUCUGCCAAUCUGUCGGGGAGUGGAUAUUUAGUUCGCCGAUUGCGCAAUGGUGAAUAUGGUUGCAGCUCGGUGGCAUCGUUCGUUACGAAAGUUUUACCUGGUUACGGAAUUUGCCAGGUUUUGCAAUUUGGGUGCAGAUAACAUCGAACAGUUGGAGGCUUUUAAAGCCGAGGGACUUGAUGUAUCUCUUCUUGGUGUAGGCAUGUACAUAUCCCCUCGAUUUCCGUCAUUCUCUUGACCCCGCCAACCCCUGUAUCAUCUUAAUUCAACAAAGUAAUGACGUGAGGGAUAUUCUGUCGCCUACUGUGUUAUUGAGCAUGUUUGUAUAGCAGCGAAUGUAACAAUUCUAUGAUCCAUUGCCAUAGAAAAUCC